CAAAUUUGUUAAAUUUGUUUAGUGGGAAAUAAAUUACUUUCUAAAACGCAUUUUCUUGCGGCAUAGGCAAAAUGAGCUCAAAGGUAUUGUACAAUAACGUGCCGAGCGUGCCAUGCCAAUCUGCGUUGUCCGUUGUCACCCCCGACGGCGGCUUUUUAUAUGCCGGCUUGCGGUGCAUUAAUUACAUUGCAGCGCCUCCACCGAAUGGUAAGGAGACGCCGGAAAUGAAAAACAUGUCUGUUCGCGUUGGUAUCAUUGCCUUGGAUGUCAAUCCUUUGUGGGGUAAGCCAAUUGCUAAUGACUCUAAAAAACAUGGAAAAUAUUUUGCGAUUGUCGGCGAAGAUUUGAGUGUUCAAGUUUGGGAUUGCACAGCUGGAGAAGCUGUAAGUGGCCAUAAAGCGCACCAACAUCAGCAAGAGGCGCGCGAGCUUGGCCCCCGUUAUUCAUCAAGGGCGGUGGUCAUGAGUUACAUGUCCAAUGGCAACAUACUGUCGAUGGAUGUGAAUGAUUUAGUCAUCUACUGCGUCGUCUCCAAUUCCUAUUGCCGACGUCCGACGUUCAUUCCCUCAAGGAAUCAUGACGUAACCCUAUUGCGCUGUUCUCCAUACAACGAUGGCUUGUUUGCCGUGGGUACGGCUUCCGGCAUUGUGAUGGUUUGUGAUUUGCGCCAGAUGAGCAUCAAAUACAAAUUGCAUAGCCACAAGGAUCAUAUAAGUGGCUUGGCAUGGAGAGAAAUCGGUUUUAAGGAUGAGAAUCUGAGCCAUUCCAAUGAAAACUUAAAGCAACUAGCCACCAGAGCCGAACACUGGCGCAGCCAAAUCUUAGCCACUAAGAAUGAAUCCACAGUUGAGAAAGUGGCCUCAGCCGUGACUAAGCCUUCUAAUGUUGAUUGUUUGGAAACAAUAAAGUGCAAUGACGGAGAUAUGUUUGAUAUAUACAACUUUGAUCACUUGGAUGGCGAAUUUGGGGCGCCUUCACGCCAGAAUAUAUGUAGCAAAUCAUUUGAUAAUUGUAAUGAUUUCGUGGGCGUUGAAAAACUGUCUACCAAUACUGCUGGACAUUCACUCGAUUAUGUGGAGGCAUGUGAGAACUUCAAAGCUGAGCUUCAAGCGCGCUCUGAUGGUGCAGACGUUGAAAUAACUGGCAAAAAAUUAUUAGAUACCCCGCCAAUAGAGGUCACUUUAGCAGACUGCAAACAGGUAAAAAUGUUAGAACAACUGAGCAAUAGCAGCAACAACAGUGAAACCCCGAAGCAGGAUCAAUUUGACACCCUGGGCAGCGAAUCCACGGAGGGCAGUCUGGAGGUCAUUAACUAUAUCUACUCCAGUGAUGAUGCUGAAAUCGUUGAUGGGGAUGCACCAAAGCCAAAACGCGAAGUGCUUCAUCACAUUUAUCAUCAAGCGGAGGUACAUGUGACCCAAUUUCCGCCCGAAACAACACAGCAUCAGACAAACAAACCGCAAGAUUUUCAAGAAAUAAGCGUAGAAACCAAUAGCGAUGGCACUUCAACUCCGCGUCCAGAGAAAGACAUACUGUUGGUGUCCAUUGAUGUGAGCGAUACAAUAACGAUUUAUAACACAGUCACUGGCGGUAUUUGUGGCAAAAAAUUCAACAGAACCAAUGCUAGGGGUAAAUUCAGCAACGUUCAGUGGUUGCACGACAAUGCCAUUGUUUCCCUUUCGAAAAACCAGUUGCUCUUUUGGUCUCUUGAAAUCGAUGGACAAUCGAAGCGUUACAAAAUAAUUAAAUCAAAUCUACCUAAGUGUUACCUUAGCGAUAUAAUAUCAUUUGGAGUCUGCCCAAUUACACAGCAGAUUUGGUUGUGCGUCAGAGAAUGUGUGAAUCUUUACAACGUAGUCACAUCUGAAUUGAGUCUUAACUAUAAUUGUGUCUCGUUUGCUGUGCGCGCCAUUGCCGAGUGUCCUGAUGAUGUCAAUAAAAUCGCCUUAGGUUGCGGCAACAGACGUGUCUCCAUAUUCGAUCUAUCCAAGCUAUCACCACGUUGCAUUCCAAUUAAAAGUAUUCAUGUCAACCAAUCUGUCUACUCGCUUUCUUGGAGUCCGGACUCAACCCAAUUGGCCUACGGCACUUUUGACGGUUCUGUGGGCAUCAUUGAUGUGGAGCGCAUGAAAACGGUUACAACCUUUUAUACCACUUGCAAGAAGGAAGUUUAUUCCUUGGUGUGGCACGACAAGUUCAUAUUCUUUGUUACCAGUCGACUGAUUGGUGUGUUCGACAUCCGAGCCGCAAAGUCAGAUGGGCCUAGACUAAUAAAGAACAUAGUAAGCCCCAGUUAUGUGAGUGUGCGCGGCGAUUUUCUGUUUGUCGGGUCGGACAGCGGACAAUUGCAGCUUUUCAAACUCAAAGAGGAUUGCGAACUCAUCUACAUCAAUCUGCGUCAAUUAUCGCUGAUGUCGGGAUAUAUCACAGACAUAGUUUGGAAUCCCUUCAUAUCCAAUCAAUUUGCAGUUGUCGGCCGAGACAAGUUCGUGUUUAUUUUGAACUUCAUAGAGGAGGAAUCGAAAUUCACAAUACUGCAUUCUUUUGAAGCUAGCGAUAAGAAAGCGUCCAUUACAUCAGCCAGGUGGAGCAGCACGGACUCCCAUUUAUUGCUCACAUGUCACAUCGAGGGAAAGAUCUGUUUAUGGAAUACCAAGGAACCGACUCAGGAACCAUUAACCAUCAUAUUUCCGUGCCCCAUGUGGUGUGGAAUAUUUUUACCCAGCGACGAGAAUGUUAUCAUGUGUGGUGGAAAGGCAAUCGCAUUGGAGUUUGUCCAUAUAAAGGAAGCACUGCAGAGGAAGGAGAAGACCAUUUGUUCCAAGGUGGAUGCUCUAUUGAAUGUUAAGUGGGCCACCAAGUCACUCACCCAGCCCUACAUGCUGGCCAUGACUGCAGCGGAGAAAAAGCGUCAACGCAAAUUGGAACGUCGUCACGAGAAGAAAAAAAAUUCACAACUACGUCAAGAUGAACCAAUAAAAGCAAACGAACAGGAAGAAGGUGAUAAAUCACAAGAUAUGGAAACUCAGCAAGUAACAUAUGGAAACAAUGCUGGAGAAUCGUUCGCCACUCUAAUCAAUCCCACAAAUUGUGAAAUGCCCGUUGAGAAAAUGUUGCAGGCACUAAACCUGGAUACUUCCGAGGGCAAAGAGCAAUCUGCUAACUUUUUAGCUCAUAGUCGGACCUCGCUAUACCUUACACAAAAGGAGCUUAACAGAAGCCCUCUGGAAAAGUUGGCCGUUGUGCUGACGGAAAAUUCUGCCAAUAUCGAACAAUCUGUGCUUGUGGCCAAACUAUUUAGCACCAAGGUGGUGGCCAAGGAGCUUCUUGCCACAGAGCUCCAAAACUUAAAGAGCUCCGAUAACAAAGGCAUUGCACCUCUUUGGUUGAUUACGGCCAAUUUUAAAUUGCGCGAUGAGCUGGAACAGCACAUUAAUAACAAAACACUUACCGAAUGGCAUUUAAGUUUGGCACCUUCGGUCUCCUAUAAUUUUUGGAUUCAAUGCUGUCAGGCUUUUGCCGAGCAACUGCUGGACCAAGGAUACAUUUUGCAUUCUGCUAUGUAUCUAAUGGCCAUACACUUGCCCACCGAUGCCAUCAAGCUGCUAAUAAGCAAUGAAUUCUAUAAGGAGGCAUUGUUAUUGGCUCGUGUCUAUUUGCCCGCCACUGAUCCCAUAAUUAGGCAAAUUAUUAACCAAUGGCUAGAGCAGCUUGAAAAAAUUGGCAAUUUGGGAGCCGCUGCACUUAUUUGCGUGCUGGAUAACGAAAUGAUGCGCGGUUACUCGUAUUUGCGCAAAUUUCGCAACUGCACAGAAGAAGUUGCUAAAUUAAUGGAGGAGAUAAAGCGAAUUGGUCAGCUCGACCCACUUCUAAAUGAAACUGAUCCUGGCCCUGAAGAACAGUUGGCAAAGCAAGCCAGCGAAACUGUUCUUGCAGUUUCCGAACAGAAUUAAAUUAAAUUAAGCUGAGGCCAAAGCAACUUAGGCUGUUUUUUGUGUAUUUAGGAAUAGUUGAACAGAAAAAUGUAGUUUAUCGCGCAACGAAAAGUUAACUUUAACUUUAAAAAACAACUGUGUGGGGAUUUGGAAAACCUUCCCAGUGAACUGCUUACAUUUCAGCCUUAGAGUUUACUGUUAAACUAAGGCUGUAUAUUUGUUAAAACGAAAUCUCAUGUAAUUCGUACUUAGAGGUCAUAGACAUAUCUUAAUAGAGCAACAAAACGCAUAGAAAGCAGAAAUAAUUUGUAAAAAAUAUAGAAACAAAAAACGAAAAAUGAUAAAAAACUGAAGAGAA